AUGACGAAUGCUCCGAUGAGACCCCUCGAGGGUAAACUGGCCAUUGUCACUGGCGCCUCCCGUGUGAGCAUGUUCGCUUUACUGAUCUGCCUGGCGGCCGGCAUCCGCCCGAUCAUCACAUCUUCCUCAGACAAGAAACUUCGCAAGGCAAUUUCCGUGGGCGAGCCCGGAGCGGUGGACACAAUCAAUUACCAAUCCCAUCCUCAGUGGAAUGAUGAGGCGCUUCGUCUGACAAAAGGACGGGGUGUUGAUGUGGUGGUUGAAAAUGUGGGCCCUACAACGAUAGCCCAGAGUCUUUCAUCCCUUGCUCGGAGAGGUACUGUCUCCCUCGUCGGGUUCUUGGGAGGAUUCAAUGUGGAUUGCUUCCCUGAUACAAUUGGCCCCGUGCUGCUCAAAAGUGCCACCAUAAGAGGGAUUGCUGUGGGCUCAAAGAUUGAUCAACAAAACCUGUGCAACUUUCUAUCAGAAAGGAAAGUUGCGUUGAAGCCUAUUCUAGAUGAGGCGAUUUUCUCUUUUAAAGACUCACAGGCUGCUUUUGAUCACCUGUAUGCCGGCGGACAUACGGGUAAGGUCGUGAUAAAAAUAUGA